CGUGACUAGCGUUAGCCUAGCUUAGCCUGGAAUACAAGCUAACUCCGGAGCACCGAGGCACUGAGAGACCGAGUGUACCUGCCCCGCAGCCCGCGUCACAGCCCGCACCAGCGCCCGCACCAGCCACUACCGAGCCCCGCACCGCACCAGGACCGCCCUAGCACCGCCCCGCCCCGCGCUCUGCGGGCCAUGCAGCUGUCCACAGGGGAAUGAGCCGAAAAGCUACGGGGUCUCGGCUCAGCGGCGCCCACAGACUGCAGCCUCACUGGAAUGACUGGCAGCCCAGGUCCGUGCGCUGUUCCGGAGUUGACAGUUCCUCGUCCACCCCGGAGGGAGUAAAGUCCAGAGAACUCGGCCCGUCUGUGUUGCACGGUGAAGUGUCUACCAGUGUCCCUGACCCAGCAGUGUCCAGCGAUGCCUGCGCUGCUCCAGACAGACGGGAAGAUGGUGGAUAUGGCCCUUGUUAUGCUGGUGAUACUACAGCUGAUUGGAAGUCGCUGGGGCAAGAGUUGAGGCCCAAUGACGUGACACCGGACUCCACCCCUUUUCAGCAUGGAUCCCGUGCUUUAGCUACAAAGGACAUGAGGAAAUCACAGGACAGGGCCAUGGCUCACUCGGACGAGGCCCGGCUGUCCAACCUGCUACGCCGAGUGUCCCGCGAGGACGACCGGGACAGAAGACUGGCCACGCUCAAGCAGCUCAAGGACUUCAUCAGCCACAGCGAGAGCAAGACGACAUUGGGCAAACAACUGGACAACAUCCUCAGCACCUUGAAUGAUAUUCUGAAUGAGAGCAGUAAACUCCUGUGGGAGCUGAGGCAGGACGCAGCCUCCUGCCUCGGUCUGCUCUGCACCGUCCUGAGCUAUGAGGCCGAGCGCAUCUUUAAGUGGCUCUUUGUCAAAUUCUCAUCCAGCACCCGGGAUGAGGUGCGCCUGCUCUACCUGGUGGCAGCACAGAGGGCCCUGGAGGCAGCCGGAGAGAGGAAGGCCUUCUCUCAUGUCAUGCAGAUGGUGAUGAACAACCUGCAGUCCAUCCUGGAGAACGUGGACACGCCAGAGCUGCUGUGUCAGAGCGUUAGGUGUAUCCUACAGGUGGCCCGCUGCUACCCACAUGUCUUCAGCACCAACUUCAGGGACACGGUGGACAUCCUGGUGGGCUGGCAUAUUGACCACACCCAGAAGCAGUCUCUCACACAGCAGGUGUCGACCUGGCUGCAGAGCCUGGAGCAGUUCUGGGUGGCAGACCUCACCUUCUCCACCACUCUACUUGGACAGUUCCUGGAGGACAUGGAAGCCUACGCAGAGGACCUGAACCACGUGGGCUCUGUGGAGGUUGUGGAAGAGGACAUCCCUCCUCCCUCUGUGUCUCUGCCCAAACUGGCUGCUCUUCUGCGGGUCUUCAGCUCAGUAGUGCGCAGCAUUGGAGAGAGGUUUACUCCAGCAAGAGGGCCUCCCAUUACAGAGGCCUAUGUCACAGAUGUUUUGACUCGAGUGCUGGCAUGUGUGCGCACAGCCAAACAGGUGCAGUUCUGUGAGUCUGUGCUGACCGCGGGGAAUGAGUGUGUGGGGGUGCUGCUGGCCAGUGUGGAGCCAUGUGGGCCUCUGAUGGAUGCUGUACUGGCCUACGGACUGGACCAGCUCAACUGCUGCAGGACCUGUGGCUCCGACUUCAACCUGACCGUGCUCAGCUUGCUCACUCUGAUUGUGGAGCAAGUGAACACCAAGCUGCCAGCGUCGUAUGUGGAGAAACUACUGGCCCCAGACUCUCUGCUGCUCGAGCUCCGCUUUCACAGAGAGAACGAGGUGAUGUCUGCAGUGCACAGCGUGUACCAGGCCCUGCUGAGCCUGAAGAACAUCCCCACUCUGGAGGCGGCCUAUAAGCUGGUACUGGGGGAGAUGGCGUGUGCUCUGUGCAGUCUCCAGAGCAGCCUGGAGCCUCCUUACAGCCCCCAGAGCCCUGAAAGUCCAGCACAAAGUCUCCAGCACCCGGCCUUCUCCUCCCUCAGUCUACCCCCAGACAAGGCCCAGUUCACAGUCAUCUUCAACCUCAGCACCCUCACCACCAUUGGAAACACCAAGAACUCUCUGAUCGGGAUGUGGGCGCUGUCCCCGACCGUGUUUGCUCUGCUCAGUCAAGACCUGCUGCUGGUUCACUCAGAGCUGGCAGUGUUUUACCCUGCGGUCCAAUACGCUGUGCUCUACACACUGUACUCCCACUGCACCCGACACGACCACUUCAUCUCGUCCAGCCUGUCAUCGUCGUCCCCCUCUCUGUUUGAUGGAGCGGUCAUCAGCACGGUCACCACAGCAACCAAGAAGCACUUCAGCACUGUGCUCAACCUGCUGGGGGCGCUGCUGGUCAAGGAGCACCUCUACUCGGAGUCCAGGAGGCUGCUGCUGACCUGGGCUCAGGAGAUCUGUGUGCUUAUGAGGAAGUGUGACACAUACAGUCCUCUGUUCUCCCUGCCCUCCUUCACACGCUUCUGCAGAGGGCUCCUGGCCAAUGCUCUGAAUGAAGACCAGAGCCUGUGUCUACAGACCUGUACUGCCCUCCAGGUACUCUCGACAGCACUGUCCCCCGAGCUCAUGCAGAGGUGUGUGGACGUGUGCAGAGUCCAGCUGGUCCACUCGUCCGUGCGGGUCAGACAGGCCUACAGCAAACUGCUCAAGAGCCUCCCCCUAGAUGUGGCUCUCAGUAACCAGAGCCAGUCCAGGCUGAAGGAGUUGUCUCUGGCCAUCCGCCAGCACCAGAGCCAGGGCUCCAGCAGCACCUUCCAUCCACAGGACUUCAGCGACCUCAUCAGCUUUAUCCUGUACGGGGUUCUGCACCGCGGAGGUAAAGAGCCAUGGCUGGAGCGUCUGUACCAGAGCUGUCAGAGGCUGGAGAGGCGUGACAGUCGUGGGUCUGUGGAGGGCUCUGGGCCUGGUUUGGUUCCUCGGGCUCUGCUCAAAACAGAGGUGGUGCUGUGGCAGUGGGCCGUGUGGGAGGCCGCUCAGUUCACCGUCCUGUCCAAACUGCGGACUCCUCUGGGCCGCGCUCAGGAUACUUUCCAGACUAUAGAAGGAAUGAUCCGCAGCCUCGCAGCCCACAGCGUCAACCCAGAGCAGGAUGCAGGGGCGUGGUUUGGGGCGGGCACUGAUGGAGAUUGUCAUCACUCCAACCAGCUGCGCCUGGCCCUGCUGCUGCAGUACCUGGAGAACCUGGACAAGCUCAUGUACAAUGCCUAUGAGGGCUGUGCCAAUGCACUCUCGCCCCCACCCAAGGCCAUCAGGACUUUUUUCUACACAAACCGACAGACAUGUCAGGACUGGCUGACCCGGAUCCGCCUGGCUCUCAUGAGGGUGGGGCUUCUAUCUGGGCAACCUGCGGUCACCAUCCGGCAUGGCUUUGACCUGCUUUCUGAGGUGAAGAGUAGCACCCCUCAGGGCCCCGAGCUGGAGAUGGUCCUCAUGCUGCUGGUGGAUGCUCUGUGUGAACUGCGCUGCCCAGAGGCCAUCCAUGGUCUAGUCUCCUGGAGCCUGUCCAACACAGGCCGCAGCCUGGGCUGGCUCACCUCUGUGGCUCUGCAGGCUGAGGGACGGUUUGAGAAGGCUGCUUUGGAAUACCAGGACCAGCUGUCUUCGGUCACUGGAGUGGACUGUUCCAUCAAAAGUUCAGCUUCUCCUCUGCUAAGAGUGUCCAGCAGCAGCAGUAGCCCCAAACACAGCGUCAAUGGAGACAGUAAGAAGACUCUGCUGCUGAAGACCAGUGAGGGCUCCCCUGAGGUGCUGAGUUUUCUGGCUAACAAAGCAUGUCAGUGCUAUGUGGCUCUGAGCGACUGGGACUCUGUGAAGGAGUGGCAGAACAGCAUCCACUCACUAAAGCACAGCUCCUCUAACCCCCCGAGCAUCAGCCUCAAGGCAGACUUCAACUACCUCCAGGCCCUCAGCCACUUUGAGGCUGGUGAGCUGGAGGAGUGCAGGGCUCAGCUGGAGCUACUGCCUGGGGAAGACUGCAGUGCACUAUCUACUGGGAAGGACAAGCUGGAUCUGAAGAAGCUGCUGCCCUCCAUGAGCCCAGACCCCUCAGAGCUGCACAGGGCCAUCGAGGUGCAGGUGCUGCGUAGUGCUGUGAGCGCCAUGGGCAAAGCAGAGCCACCAGCAGACUCACUGCCCACAGCCAGCCCAGAUACUCUGGUGCGCUGCCUGAAGCAGACAGGCCGGAUCUGCCUGGGCCCUCUGCGCCUCUCCACUCUGACCCUGUCCGAUGCCCUCCCCAUCCCGCCCCUGCUGCAGCUGCACUGCACCAGUACUCUGGAGAACACACUCACCUCUCAGGAGGAGUGUGUCAUCCCCCUGUACAGUGAGGCUGUGAGCUCCUGUAAGCAGCAGGACGUACGGCCAUUCCUCCAAGUGCUUCGAUAUACCAUGUUCCAGAAGAGGCUUUUGCACAAGCUCAAGGGCUCUUCAUCUUCUGUAGAUGGACAUCUGAUGCAGCUGUAUCUGACCACAAUCAAAUUUGCCCGUAAAAAGGGCAACAUUCACCUGGCAUGGCGUCUGCUGAAUAAGUGUGCUGAGCGAGUUCCAGGGGAAGGCCCAGAGGAGGAGCUGCACACUGCCCUCACGCGCCUCUCUCUGGACGUUGCCCUCCAGGAGACAUGGGGCCCAGAGCUGGAGAUCGAGAAGGCCAAGGUCCUGAGAACUGCAGGUCAGUCCAGUGCAGCCAUGGAGAUGCUGAGCAAGAUGGCAGUCACCUACUGCAGUGGGAGGAAGAAUGAGAGUGCCUCCUGCAGGUCUGUGCUCACACUGUGCAAGUGGCUGCUGGCCGACUGGAAGGACAUGACUCCUCAGCUCAAACAGGUGGUUAAGAAGUCUGGGAUGCUGAACUCCAACAGCAUGAGCAACCUGAGCCAGAACAUAGCCUCUCUGCUGGCAGUGCCUCUGGAGGACCAGGGCUCUUUGCACAUCACUGCUGAGACAUCAGUCAAAGUGGGCGUAGGAGAAGCUGACUACGUGUUAGGCCAGCUCUACCAAUUGUCCACCAGCCUGGCCCCAGAGAUGGCCAAGUCCUGGGCUGCUCUGGCCAGCUGGAGUUACCGCUGGGGCAGGAAGGUGGUUGAUAAUGCCAGCCAAGGGGAAGGCAUGCCUCUGCUGCCUGCAGAGAAGAAGGAGAUUGAGGAGCUGCUGCCUGAAGGCACCAGUGAAGAAGAUAAGAGUGCCAUCUUCAGUGUCCUGGGACAGGCCAUGUGCCGGCCCACAGGCAUACAGGAUGAAGACAUAGCCCUGCAGCAGGAGGAUGAGGAGGAUGACCUGGUGGAUGUGAUUUGGAGACAGCUGACUGCUGCCUGCCCCUGGCUGCUGGACAUGGGCCAGCCCAUUGCAGAUGGGUUGAUCAGGGUGUGGAGGCGUGUGGUGGACCGCAUCUUUGGCCUGUAUCGUGUCUCCUGUCAGGCCUACUUCACCUUCCUCAAACUCAAUGCAGGACAGGUGCCUCUGGAUGAGAAUGACCCCAAAUUGCUCCUGUCCUGUAAUGUCAGUAAGCAGAGCAAUGAUGACCUGAUAGUGAUGGCCACUCUGCGCCUCCUGCGCUUGUUAGUGAAGCAUGCUGGAGAGCUCCGUGAGGGUCUAGAGGUCGGGCUGGCCUCCACCCCAACAGCCCCCUGGAGAGCCAUCAUCCCACAGCUGUUCUCCCGUCUGAACCACCCAGAGGCCUACAUCCGACAGAGCAUCUGCAGCCUGCUGUGCAGAGUGGCCCAGGACUCCCCACACCUCAUCCUGUACCCUGCCAUCGUGGGCUCUCUGUCCCUGGGAGGAGAGGCUCAGAGUGCAGGGGCCAAACUGCCAUCGGCCCUGCCCACCUUCCUGGGCAGUAUGCAGAGUGACGGUCUGGGGGAGGAAGAGGAGCAGGUGGACAGCAGCAGACCAGAGCCCUCUGAGGAGCAGGGCUGUAGCCCAGACCAGGCCAUGAUGCAUGAUUGCUACAGCAAGAUCGUGGAGAAGCUGUCCCAGGCCAACCCUGUCAUGGUGCUGCAGGUGCAGCAGCUGGUGGGUGAGCUGCGAAGGGUUACCCUGCUCUGGGACGAGCUGUGGCUGGGUGUCCUGCAGCAGCAGAACAUGCACGUGAUGAGGAGGAUCCAACAGCUAGAGGAUGAGGUCAAGAGGGUUCAGAGCAACAACACCCUGCGCAGGGACGAGAAGACUGCCAUUAUGCGGGAGAAGCACUGUGCUCUGAUGCGCCCGGUGGUCUUUGCUCUGGAGCAUGUGUGUAGCAUUACCUCAGCCCCUGUGGAGACCCCACACGAGCAGUGGUUCCAGCAGACAUACGGAGAGGCUAUCAGCUCAGCCCUGGAACGUCUCCGCACCCCUCACAACCCUGCCAGCCCGGCCAGCAGCUGGAUACCCUUCAAACAGAUCAUGCUGAACCUGCAACAGCGCACUCACAAGAGGGCCAGUUACCUGCUGCGCCUGGAUGAGAUCAGCCCUCGCCUGGCCUCCAUGAGCACCACAGAGAUGGCCCUCCCUGGAGAAGUGUCUGCCUCUGACACGGUCACCAUCCAGAAUGUGGGCAACACCAUCACCAUUCUGCCCACCAAGACCAAGCCCAAAAAACUCUUCUUCUUGGGCUCGGAUGGACGCAACUACCCCUAUCUCUUCAAAGGUUUGGAGGACUUGCACUUGGAUGAGCGCAUCAUGCAGUUCUUGUCUAUUGUUAACACAAUGUUCACCAAGAUAAACCAACAGGAGCAGCCUCGGUUCCAUGCCCGGCACUACUCUGUCACUCCCCUGGGCACUCGCUCAGGGCUCAUCCAGUGGGUGGAUGGGGCCACACCACUCUUUGGCCUGUACAAGCGCUGGCAGCAGAGGGAGGCCGCACUGCAGUCCCAGAAGGACUCAGGCCAGCCCACCCCCCAGGCUGCGCCCUCUGUGCCCCGUCCCAGUGAGCUGUACUACAGCCACAUUGGCCCGGCACUCAAGGCUGUGGGACUGAGUGUGGAGGUGUCCCGGCGUGACUGGCCCCUCAGUGUCAUGAAGGAAGUCCUAAAAGACCUGAUGGAGGCCACUCCCUCCAACCUGUUGGCCAAGGAGCUCUGGUGCUCCUGUACUACUCCCAGCGAGUGGUGGAGGGUAACACAGUCAUAUGCUCGCUCUACUGCGGUCAUGUCCAUGGUGGGCUACAUCAUUGGACUUGGUGACCGUCAUCUCGACAACGUGCUGAUUGACAUGACCUCUGGAGAGGUGGUGCACAUAGACUACAAUGUGUGCUUUGAAAAAGGAAAGAGUCUGCGGGUACCAGAGAAGGUCCCAUUUAGGAUGACACAUAACAUUGAAACGGCUUUGGGAGUCACAGGGGUGGAGGGGAUCUUUCGGCUCUCCUGUGAACAGGUGGUUCAAAUGAUGCGCCGGGGCAGAGAGACCCUCCUAACCUUGCUGGAAGCUUUCGUAUAUGACCCCCUGGUGGACUGGACUGCCGGGGGAGAGGUGGGCUUUGCUGGGGCUGUGUAUGGAGGAGGGGGCCAGCAGACUGAGACGAGGCAGACUAAACGUGAGAUGGAGAGGGACAUCACACGCUCACUCUUCUCCUCACGAGUGGCAGAGAUCAAGGUGAACUGGUUUAAGAACCGUGAUGAGAUGCUGGCAGUGCUGCCACAGAUGGAAGAGGCCCUGGAUGAGUACCUGAUGCUCCAGGAUCUGCUGUUUAAGGGAGAGAAGCAGCAGGUCACCCUGCAGGAGGAGCUGGCCUUUCUGGAAGGAGCCGAGGGCCAACCAGAGCACCUCAUCCUGACGCUAGAACAGAGGUACUCUGAACACAACCAGCUUCAGUCUCGACAGAGGACUGUGCAAGAGGCCAUCCAGUCCAAGCUAUCAGACCUGGAGCAGUACAUCAGCCAGUACCAGGCUGCCUUCUCCAGUCUGGAGGCUACUCAGUUGGCCAGCCUGCUGCAGGACAUCAGCAGCCCCAUAGACCUGGGUCCCCCCAGCUAUGUACCAGCCACAGCCUUCCUGCAGAAUGCUGGCCAGGCCCAUGUGAUUAGCCAGUGUGAGAGCCUGGAGGCGGAGCUGAGCUCUCUGCUGCAGCAGCGCCGUGGUCUUCUGCGGAGCUGCCUGGAGCAGUUGCACAGCUACGCCACUGUGGCCCUUCUGUACCCCCGAAUCAGCUUAAGACGCCACCGAGCCUACCAGUGGAAGAGCUGGUUAGAGGAGCUCAUGAGGGAGAUGACUGCAGAGAGAUGUCAGCAUAUCUAUCGACAAUAUGAGGUGCUGUUUGCGUCCCAGCCACCCUCCCCAUCCUGUCAGUUCCUUUCCAAAAUGGAGUUGACCUUACAACAUCAGGUGGCAGAAGCCAAUGAGCGCAUCCUGCACCAGGCAGAGCGUCUAAAGGCCGAGGGCACCAGUGCGGUGGCAUGUGAGGAGCAGCUCCAGGAGAUCCAGCGCUGUAUCGCUGUGUUUCUACAGGAAAACGGAGACAUGGGCGCUCUCAGCCUGUCAGGGAUCGUCACCUCUGCUUUAUGCACUCUAUGCAGGAGGAACCUGGUGAUGGAGGGUGCUGCAGCCAGUGCAGGAGAGCAGCUGCUGGAGCUGACCUCUCGGGAUGGGGCCUGGUUUCUGGAGGAGCUGUGUAGUAUGAUGGGGAAUGUAUGUGCACUGAGCACACUGCUACAGUGCUGCCCCCCCUUGCCCCAUGACCUGGACCUGCCUGCCCCCUCAGCCACCAGCCAAACCAUGUACCUGGCCAAUGCAGUCUACACCUGCCUACAGGAGCUGAACACAAACUUCCGUCAGAUCAUCUUCCCUGAGGCUUUGCGCUGCAUGAUCAAAGGAGAACCCACACUGGAGAGCAUGCUAUCCGAGCUGGACACUUUGGUGGAGCAGGCAUCUGAUGGCCUAGGCCUUCAGGAGCUCAUGGAGAAUCUGCAGGCCUCUGCAGGGCUGGAGCCUGAUGGACACUGCCUGCAUGUGACCAGGCUGCUGCGUGCGCAGUACUCUGAGCUCAUCCAGCCUCGCUGUGACAGCUCAGCACAGGACCCUACAAAGGCCUCUAUGGGGCAGACGUCUCCAGGGCAAACCUCUCCAGGGCAGACCUCAGCGGGACAGAUGUCUGCGGGACAGAUGCUGCUGGUAGCUUUUGACGGCAUGUUCACUCAGCUGGAGACUGCCUUCGGUCAGCUGACUGAGAAGCUGAGCUGUGUGGAGGUGCCAGGAGCCUGGAGGAAGGUGGAUGUGUUAAAGGAGGCACGGGCUGCUCAGAUGCACUUCUUUGACAGUACAUCUCAGAGACAGCUCAUGGAUGAGUUCUUCUUCCUCAAGAGGCUGCAGACCAUCAGGGACUUCUUCAGACUGUGCUCCUCCUUCUCCCAGGUGCUCUCUGGUACCUACCCUUCUGAAGACCUGUUUCCCACCAAUGGGCCGAGUGCAUUAGGGGGCCAGGCGCUGCACCUGCCUCCCACCUCUGCCACUGUAGCUGUGGUGAGCGAGGAGCAGAUGAUCCGACCUAUCAGAGCCUUCACUGCAGACUUUGUGAGGGAGAUGCUGAUGGGACUGCCCAGUCAGGCCAUGGGGCUGGCCCUCUGCAGCAUGAUUUCUGCUCUGGGCCUGGACAUUGUCAGCCACGUGGAGGCCAAGGACUUUGGAGCAGAGAGCAAGGUGUCUCUGGAGGAGGUGUGUAAGGCUGCGGUGGAGCAGUGCUUGGCUUCAGGGCGUGUCUCUCAGCUGCUCCUGAACAGGGCCACAGUGCUGGCCUCUUCCUUCGACACGGCCUGGAAGAAGAUGGAUCUCCUACGCAGGCUGGACACAGGCCUGGAGAUAGCCAAGGCCAGCCUGCAGCGCAGCCAACUCCACACGGCUGUGUUCCAGUGGCAACACGAGGACGUCCUGGGCCCCAGCAGUCAGCCUCUGAGUGUGAGCAUCCCCCCGCGCUCAGUCAUCCUCAACAACAUGAAGAAGAAACUGUACAAGCUGAGCCAGGAGGAGAGCGCCAUUGUGUCUGUGCAGGAGAAGCUGGUGUCCCUGGAGGCCAGUAUCGAGCAGCGUUUGAAAUGGGCAGGAGGGGCCAACCCUGCCCUGGCCCCAGUCCUGCAGGACUUUGAGCUAACUAUCAGAGAGAGGAGGGCCAUGGUGGCCAGGGAGGGCCAGCUCACCAGCCAGGUGACCUUCUUGUGCUCCACCAUCCUGAACCUGGAGGGCCUGAGGACACGCACCCCAGAGGCCCUUAACAUGGACGCCACCCUGUUUGAGCUGCUCAAACGCUGCCAGCAGACAUGCUCAUAUGCAGCCCAGUUCAACAGCAGCGUGUCCCCCCUGGAGCUGCAGCUACUGCAGAGGCUGAGCCCUGUGCUGGACCUCCCUAUCGGCAGCCCUGAUUGGCUGAGCUGCGCCCGCAGACGUCUGGAGGAGGAGUUGGGGGCAGAGCAGAGGAAACAGGAGGAGCAGGAGAGACAGCUGGAGGUCUGUGGUGAGACUCUGCAGCUCCUGGUCGACUCCAUCAAGAGCAUUCUGUCCACUCACAACCGCCAGCUGGGAGACGUCAAGCACCUGCUCCGAGCUAUGGCCAAGGAUGAAGAGGCUGCUCUCACAGAGGGGGAGGAGAUGGUGUAUGAAGGCAGUGUGAGACACUUCCUGAUGGAGUACAAGGCGUGGCACGACAACAUGCAGCUGGCCCUGUUCACCGUGCUGCAGGCCAGUGGGCAGCCACGCAGCCAGGAGCAGCUGGAGCUCCUGGAGGAGGUGCCCAGCACACUUAAGGAGCUAUUGCCCCAGACCCAGAGUGUGUAUAAUGGGCUGGUGGGCUUCGCCUCUCCUCUGGUCACUGACAGAGACACCGCCUGCAACAGUCCAGUCAGCACUGCCCACACCACCUUCGCCACAGCCGUGCGGUGCAGCCUGGUGAAGACCCAGCCAGACUCCAUGUCCCAGAGUGCACGCAAGGCCCUCCCACGCAACAUCGCCACGCCCACUGACACGCCCCCAAGUGCUUUAGUGGUGAACAAAGGCCUGAACCCCAGUCCCAAGAGGGCUCUGCGGGACCCCAAAACGGGCCGAGCUGUGCAGGAGAGGAACUCAUACGCCGUCAGUGUGUGGAAGAGGGUCAAGGCCAAACUGGAGGGCCGCGACAUCGACCCCAACAGGAGGAUCAGCGUCACAGAGCAGGUGGACAUGGUGAUUAAGGAGGCCACCAGCCUGGAGAACCUGGCCCAGCUGUACGAGGGAUGGACCGCCUGGGUGUGAGCUCACACUGCUUCUUGUCUUUGGUCCAGCGAAGGCUUGGAGAUCCACCAGACUCGUGUGGGUCUGGGGGCACAGCCGUACCGGAGCACACGGGGUAGGAGCUGGAGGCACCCCGCGCUCCUGGCACCCCUCGCCGGCAGCCGCACGACCCGCCACAUGAGGGCCAACACAAUGCCCUCUUGGCCUGCGGUCAGCCCGUCUUUCUGGGUGUGGGUGGUAAAGUGCUGUGGGAUGGGAGAGGGGGACCGGCCUCUGCGCCCCCCCACACCUGCACAGCCUCUCAGACGUACCCAUAAACAGUGCAUCCCGCUGGGCCCCUGCAGCUCUGCUCUGGGCUCAUGGUCCUGGAGAGGUCCAGGAGGAGGGGACUAAAGCUCAGCGGGACAUAAACUACUCGGACAUGUUUGUGACCCAUGUGAACCUAAAGAACAGGACUGUCGAGCAGCCUGCUCUGACAUAGCCACAGGCUGCUGUCUCAGACUCCACUGUCUGUAGCACCGUGUCCUGUCGCUCAGUGCUAGUGUUUUCACUUGUCUAUAGAUAAAUUGCUUUCCUCGUGUACUCGCCCCAGCCCUACUGCCUGCUUUUUAUUAACCUUCCUUCUAGUUUUACCUUUUUAGUGGGACAUUGGUUUGGUGCUGGUGAACACAAUUUCUUAUGAUUUUAUUGGAAUUUGUUUGAUGCUAAAUAAAUCUGAAAGUAAAAA